AACUAGACUAUGAAUGGCGUCAGCUCUAAAUAAAAAUAAGUGACAUUCUUGAUAAUUUUAAAGUUGUCAAUCAUUUGUGGAUUUAAUUUUCAGAACGAAAUUGUCAAAGACUAAAGAUACAACAGUGAUGUAUCCAGUUGGAAUUCUCUAGUUUAUUAUGAGUUACAGUGAACCGGAUACCGAGAUCCAAUCAGCAAUAAUGACGCCGGUGUUAAAUUUGACGUCAACGUUAUACCAGAUACUCAUGGCAAUGCAAAUGGACCCAAACAUGACGUCGGAGAUUCUUGCACUACCACCAGAGGAUCAGCUUCACUUCAUUGAAUCGCUGAACCUUAACUCGGACGUUCAAUCGGUAGACCUGGAGGAUCAGAGAAUGCUUAUUCCUGAAUACAGGGUUAACAAAGCCAUAGGCCUCUACCUUCCCCCAUUUCUCCUACUGAUGGGAACGUUUGGGAAUGUCAUGACCUUUCUUAUCUUGAGAAAUAAGGCAAUGACAAGACAAUCCACGAAUUUGUUUUUGGCCGCUCUCGCUAUCGCCGACUCCACAGUUUUGCUUGUUGGCUUGCUGCGACGAUGGCUAGGUGAUAUAUUGCAAAUGGAUAUCCAGAGUGAGUCAGAUUGGCUUUGUAAGACAGUGUCGGUUCUUGGUUAUAGUAGCAGCCAGUUUUCUGUGUGGCUAAUCAUCGCAGUAACGAUUGAACGUUAUUUGGUGGUAAGCCAUCCUCUACACACUUCUCGUUACUGCAACCUUACACGCGCUAAACGUAUUAUUUCUUCGCUCGCUUUAUUGAUCGUGGCCAUUAACAUUCAUUUUUUGUUUACGGUCUCGGUGCAUGAACACGAACACGGAUUAAAAGAAUGUGGCUCAAUUGCCGAAUUCAGGUUACUAGUAACGGUUGUUUGGCCAUGGAUAGACGCUUCACUUUAUGCGCUGUUACCAUUCUUGCUAAUUGUCGUAUUUAAUUCUCUGAUUAUUAUACAAACACUGAAAGCGACGAUCUGGCGUGCGGCUCAAAAUGGACCACUGAUAAAUACUGCAGAUAAAAGAAAGGUGUUUAAAGACAAUAACAUAAAAUUGACCGUGAUGCUUUUGUCUGUGUCUAUUACAUUCCUAAUUACUACAUUUCCGAUGGCAAUUGUAAUGGUUUUUCACAGUGCAUGGAGUAACGAUUUCGAGAACGUUCCGUUAAGUGUUAUGGCACAGCGACAAUUGCUAAGGACCUCAGCUGAGAUGUUGAUGUUUCUGAACCACUCUGUGAACUUUUACUUAUACUGUGCACUUGGACAGAAGUUCAGAAACCAAGUUUUGAAAACAUUGUGUCGAAGUACUGUAUCUGCGAAUUCAAACCUAUCUGACCAUAGCCAACAUCUAUAUUGCUCGCGUGUUAAAGGCUAUCAUGUUCACAACAGGACCACGUGUUUUGACGAGACAAACUUAUGACAAUCAAUUCAGGCGCGGAAACCACUCACUCGGGGACGUCUACAUAUGACCUGUCUUUCAAAACAAGACCCACAACAACAAAAAUAAAACUAUUCAUUCGAGCAAAAUAUAUAUGAAAAACUUCAGAAAAGACAGUUGUCGAAAUUUUAAACAUAAACCCCGUGCACAAAAUCAACGCAAAAGACAUAGAAUUCAAAAAAGAAACAAUCACAAACCAGAAACAUGAAUCAACAGCACAGUACAUACAUACUAUAUAAACAACUAUGGGUGUGGGUACCUCCUUUGAACGGUCAGUAAAAUGCAUAUUUACUGGAGCUCAAACUAGUUUGUUUGCACAGCCUCACUCUUGUUUCAACAAUCCCAAAUAAAGUAAAAAAAUAACUUCAGGUAACUUAAAAGUUAAAAAAAAAUCAAUCUUAUGGGUAAAACCCAAUUAUUUUUAUAAUUAGGGAACCCGACUAUAUAUGAAGGCGAGUAUUAAAAUUUCACAAUUACUACCUAGCUCGUACAGGAAUCUGUUAUGAAAUGGAAUCCGUGUGUCUAUAAAUGAGGAAGUAACUAAAACGCAGACAAUGUUGCUUCAAUGAAAGUGUGUUUCACUUAUCUGUGAUACCUAAAAGAAAUCUAAAUACAACCGAGUUAUUUAUCUUUUUGAAGUGCAAAAUACAUCGCUUUUUGUUUUGAUUUGUGACGCGUUUUCAAAAGCGUUUCGUUUUGUAACCUUAUUGUUAAAAUUGUGUUGUUGUUUUUGUAAAUGAAUACAGAUAUUUGAUUGUU